CCUUCUUUCACUCACAUAUCUCUCAUUUUGGCUCCCCCAACUGCUUCCUUCUGUGGAACAAGCCUCUUAUCACUCUCUCCGAUUUCUCGAUAAGGCGAUGAUUAUGGGUGUCCCCGACCGCCAGCUGCACGAACUGGAGCGUCAGCGUCUAGAACUCGAGGGUAACAUUUCGAAGCUCCAGGAAUCACUUUACCACUGGCGCACGUGGGAGGCAGAGUACGAAGGUCUCAAGGAGGGAAUCAAUGACCUCCCUGACGAUGCGACCUCCAGCGACUUUCUUCGUGUGGGUCACAAUCUGGCCGGCUCACUUGUCACUGAGGAUGAAGUGAAGCUGAUGCUAGGCGACAAAGAAGGCGUGACCCGCACCAAGGGACAGGUAAUCAACCUGAUCGCUCGGCGUAUCGACUACGUGAAACAGAACGUCACGGCGAUGGAGAAAAGAUUACGCGCCGCAGAGAGUGGACUAUACGCGCUGGACUCACAGGAGCAACCACCGAGCGAAACCACGGCCGAAUUUCCAAUGACUGAGAUCUUUGAAGAGCUUGACGAGAACGGCGAUAUUAUUUCGAGCAAGACAACUACCCCGGGCAGCCAGGCGCCUGAGCUGCUAAAUGCCUUGCAAAAGGCCGGUGUCAAGGAUAUACCGGACCUGGCAGAUGUGAUUCCAGCACAGAAUGACUCUUUGCAACAUGCUGCACGGCCUACGGAGGGCUCACAGGCUACGGGGGAAAAUCCAACUACACUGGAGGUCGAGGAAGUUAAUCCACCGGAUGCCAGGGAGGAGCAAGCGCGAGAAGCGACGACUCCCGAGCACAACCACAAGCCUCCGGCAAUGGAUGCGGCUGGACUUCUUGAAUAUCAGCGUCUUGCAGCAUGCAUUGAAGAAUCGCCAGAGGAUGCCCAGCUCCGGCGUGAAAUGCUGCAGUAUAGCUUGAACGAGGUCGGAGCGGUCGUGGCCGAGCUGGAACUUGAUGAGGAUGCAAGCGACGUCUCUGUUGACGAAGAUUACGAAGAUUACGACGAUGAUGAAGACGAGGAGGAAGACGAAUAUGGAAGGACUACAGGACGUAUUCUCGACGAGGAUUACCACCGCGAAAUGCGCGAGUUAGAGGCCAAACUGAACGCGAGAGGCUUGUGGAACAUCGGCAAGAACACUGACUUUCUCCCAACCGAUGUUAAGGCAGAGCUAGAGCAGCCCAGUAUAGAUCGUGUCGAGACAAUCCCCGAGACAGGCAGCGAACCUGUACCCGAGAAGAAACCGAAGAAGAGGGUCGCUUUUGCUGACGAUCUCGAUAUUGCUCCGGCCCCUAAACCUCCGGUCCAGGACAAGAAGGUUGUUCCAGUCCGAGAGUCGAGUGUACCUGUUCUUGCAGACUCAGUGGUUGAGCGCACGCAGCCAGUUGCAAAGGAGCCAUCAACUAAAGGUGCACCAAAGAAAGUCUCCCGAUUCAAGAGCGCUCGGAAAACGGACGACGGUACAGCAGAACCAACCACUGCGUCAGAGACUUCAACUCCCGGACCUUCCCGGCCCGUCGAACUUCGUUCGUCUUUGCGCAAGACUAGCACCCCCUCUCCCGCACCAUCAUCUCUGCCUCUUUUCCCAGCAAGACCAGCGGAGCCCAAACCCUUCUCCCAGCCAAUCUCAGAUAUAGCUGAGAAAGACCCCGCACCCAGAGGCCCAGAAGGAAAAAUCCUGGCGGACACACUUGUCGAACGUGAUGUCUCUGCCAGCUCCGCUAUGGCGCCGGAACCAGACGAGCUUGAUGAACAACUGCACCGGAAGGAGAUUGCUACUGAGUUUUACCAAAUUCGCAAUCGCAUGAUCAAGGAGAAAGGCGGAUUUGUGGACGAAGAGCCCGAAAUUGUCCCGCUCGAGACAGAGGAGGCGCCAAGACGCGUGAGUAAGUUUAAAGCUACGCGCAUGAGGUAGGACGAUAGGAAUUUCAAACGCACGCCCCAAGCAGAUACCCAUUAUAUACAACUCAAGCAAAAUAGGCAAUGCAUGUUCUCUCUAGCAUCGUUGACUUCGACUCCUCAAGAAGAUAUCUAUGUACUGGCAGGACUUCAG